AGAACGAGAAAGAAAAACAUGGCGUCACAAGUCGUAGAAGUGAGUCGCGGAUUUGAUACGUGAAUGACUUAUUUUUAGUUAUUUUGAAGUUAUUUUGCAAGAAAAGGCUUUUAUGACCGAAAAAAAGGUUCAGCCGCUAGUUUUAUUGCCUUUUCCAACGUUUACGUACUUGUUUUGUAGAAUGAUAACUUGGCGAUGAAGGGCCAAAGCAGCAAAGAGGCGAGCAGCAACGCCAUCGUCAGAGAAAAAGAUGUUGCGGGCCCGUCUUCUUCAUCAUCGUCCACGGCUGAGGAAAAAAGAGCAGAGAGGAUGAAGAGAUUGCGAGAGCUUCAUCUAAGAAGGGUGAGGCAUGUUUUUGAAAGAGAGUAAUUGAUCAUGAAAAAACUAAAACGAAGGCUAGGAAAUGCACGUUAGCUUACCGUCUGCAUUUCAGUUAAGAUCUCAAAUCAAAACACGAGUAGUGAGUAAAAUUUAACAAAUUUUGCCAGAAAUACAUGUAUUGAUGAUGAGGUAAAUUUUGCUUUGGAAAAGAAAACUGUUGAAUCAGAAUAUGAAACGUUUAUUUACCGAGAACAUUCAUUCAAGUCACUCUAGAUAUUCUUGUUUCCCUGGCCACUUAUACUUUCAUUUGUAUGCUCUUGAGCAAGAAAGGAUCCUUUGCUUUCUGUACUUUGCACCAAAAAUUCAUAUUAGUGGCCAGAAAUUCUAGUAAUAAAUUGACAUCACAUCUCUUGCAUGUGUGUAUUAAAACAGACCAGAGAGAUGUGGAGUGAUUAUUUAUUCCUUAGCAUUACCUCUCACUGGUCUGUUGUUGCUGUUUUUUGAGCUAACGUCAUAUCUGCAAAAAAGUGUCAAUGUAAAUAUAUGGAAGUGCCCGCAAAAAUAAUUUAUUGAUAUGAGGUUAUACUUACAAGGCUGGUUUUUACUAACAGCAGGGUUUGUUCAGGUCAUGGGAAACCUGCAAAGUCAUGGAAUUUAAGAAUUUCAUUUUCAAGGCCUGGAAAGUCAUGAAAUUUAAUAAUUAUUUUUGAACCUUGAAAGUCAUGGAAAAUUAAAGUUUUGUUUGGUAGCUUAGUUACUACAGAUGAUAAAGCAAGGAUAAUGAUUUAAAAGAUAAAGAGGAGUAAUUAAACAGUUCGAACGCCAGUGACGCAUUUUGGUGAAUACCACGGUUUGUUUCUGUUGAACUGUGUAACGUAAAAAAAUAUGCUAAAGCAAGUAAAGUUUUGAAAAUUUUUGAAAGUGACAGCUAAACCUAUGGUCAUGGAAAACUAGAAAAGGUUAUGGAAAAAGUCAUGGAAAGUCAUGGAAUUUGAAGAACUCAAAAGAGUACAAACCCUGUACAAUGGAAUUGUAGUUGUAGCUGCAACAAGAAACACAGAUUGUAAAUAUGAUCCAUUGAAAAAGGUUUCUGAUUCCUUUUAUGGGUGUAUGACUAGUGUGAACAAGAACUGAAGAAUGACAAGAACUAGACCAAUCUCGAUAAGCAUUGAGAUUGAUUUAGAAUGUCAGAAGAAGAGGAAAAUGGUCUGAUUCUUUCUACCAGCUCUUUUGAUGAGGCAUGUGGUUCUGAAGUUUGAUUUCACAGGAUCAAUAUCAAUAUAUUAAAUCUAUAGUUACAUUGGGUGUAUAUCACAACUUAAAUCAAGUCCAUCGCUAGUGAACACCAGCCUCCCAUCUCAAAUAAUCGGCUUCUUACUUUUUUCCCAAUAAUGUCAAUAUUUUUACGUUAAACUGGAGCUUUCAUCACCACUGCUGUUAUGAUUAUUGUGUUUACUUAAGACCUAAGUUAAGAAACAGUUAAGUUUUGUUAAAAGUAUAAUUAUGUAGAAGUUAAAUUAUUAACCUUUUUUUCUAGAAUGAAGCUCGGAAAUUAAAUCACCAAGAAGUUGUUGAGGAAGAUAGACGGAAAAAGUUGCCUGCAAACUGGGAUGCAAUGCAAAGGAAGACUGAAUGGGAGAACAAGGAAGAAGACGCCAGAAAGGUACAUUAUUAAUGACGUAAUUUACAUGUAUUAUAACGUCACUAAAGUUGCUGGUAUGUAAUGUACUCACUGGUAAGCAGAUUUCAAAAAUCCAAGGUUCAUGUAAUUAAGGUUGUUGUGUGAGGCUUCAUCCAGUCAUUGAUAUUAUUGGUAAUAGCACUGAAAGAUAGCUGCACAUCAUUGUUGAUAUACCGUAAAAUUCUGAAAAUAAGCCCCUCCAGGUAUAAUCCCGUCCAAAUAUAAGCCCCCCAAACUCGUAAUGCAAAAAACCCUCUGUUAAAUCGCUCCUCCAAAUAUAAGCUGCCGCCCCUGCCCCCUCCCAGUGGCUUGUACUUGGAAAUUGCCCUCAAAUACAAAGUAAAACAAAGCAAAAACGGUAAAUUUCCUUCCAACUAUGAGGCUAGCCCAAUCGAUUUUGAAACGCAAGUUUCCCUCCAUAGAUUAAGCCGCUCCGAAUAUUAACCCUUCCAAAAAUAAGCCCCUCAAAAAGGGCCUUUGAAAAAUAUAAGCCCCCGGGGUUGCGGAAUUUUACGGUAUGGAGUGUGUCAGUCAAUCUUUGUUUUUUGUGAAAGUGAGUCAUUUGAUUUUAUGUUUAAAACUGCAUUAUUUAGGAAGCUGAAGCCCGUGGAGAAAAUUAUGACAGGGUUAAGUUGUUAGAAGUAACAGCAGAGGAUGCAGAUAGACUUGAGAGGAAGAGGAAAAAGAAGAAUCCUGAUCAAGGCUUUUCAGGUAUCUACAUGUAUGUUAACAGAAAAACAUUACAAGUUACACACACACAAUGACUUUCUCCUUCAAUAAUUUAUUAUUAUUAUUAUUAUUAUUAUUAUUAUUAGCAGUCUUAAGCUAGCUAUGGGGCCACAUAAGGUGCCUUAUUUGUGAAUUUUAAUUUAGACGAAAAGUGCUUACUAAUUAUCCCCUGGUCUCCCUCCCACUCACCCGGAGACAUCAACCACCAGUGAAUCCGUUUGGGCAUCUUUAUUGAACGAGCGAGAGGACCCGAGGCCUCGAGAGGAGACCCCAGGGAGGGAGGGAGGGUGCUAAAAUUGAUGUUACAGCGAACAAGCGAACUGACAAGGACAUCAAAUGACAACUAGCGCCGUGAAGAAAACAGCUGACGAGCCGCGAGGGCCUGGGUCUAAUUAAGUUAUUCUUAAGAAUAUAAACAAUUAUCCCCUGGUCUCCCUCCCACUCACCCGGAGACAUCAACCACCAGUGAAUCCGUUUGGGCAUCUUUAUUGAACGAGCGAGAGGACCCGAGGCCUCGAGAGGAGACCCCAAACCAAGAAAGAGGCCCAAAGGAUUCACAGGGGGGGGCGAAGUCAGAGGGGAAGCAGAGGGGAGAGAAAAUAGAUAACAUGGCACGAUAUGAAUAAAAGGCACAAAAGGUAUAGAAAGACAUAAGCAAAGCGAAUUGUGAACAAAACCAUAACAAUGAAAUCUGUGCCAAAAGAAAGAAAUAAAUGUGGGGAACUGACAAAACGAUGUCUGAACCGUAACAACUUAACGUGCUGAGGACAAAACGAGCCUGUCCGCCAAAGAGGCAGUGUCAAAAACUAUGAAGGCUACUAAAAGUAGACUAAACUAUAACAGCUGAAUGUGCUGAGAAAUAACAUGAGACAGCACAAGUCUGUCUGCCAAAGGCAGUGUCAAAUAAAGCAUGUAGGCGUCGGAUCUCCAAUCACCCUGGACUUUGAUGAGCUCGGAGGGAAUCCCGCACUGGAAGGCGGGUGGCACCUCCACGCGCAGGCUGUGACCAGAGAAACUCUGAGGAUUGAGAGAAACCAAAGACGCCAAAUACUUGAUACUAGCGUUUAAAGAAGAGGCUGUGAUACAGUCAUGGUGAUGAGAAGCGGUGGUGUAUGUGAAGAGCGGGAAGCCAGCCGGGGCUGAAACCGAGUCGAGUAACAAUCGCAGGGCAGCGGUGGGGCAAAGGGGAGAUCCAGGAAUACAAGGAACUGGUACCACGAGUGCUGUAUCGCCGGCCUGCCGUGUUUUUGUCCGGGUGACUGUGAGGAGAGCACCUGAGGUGGCAAAAGUGAUGCUGCCCCUGGACAAUGUAUGAUGAGAGGAGAACUUGUCAAAGGACUGCGGGACGAGGUUGGCAGUUCUGAAGAAGGAGAAGAAUCCGACAAGCAGGGUACACCACACAGCUAGAUGGGCGGAGUCGCGAACAUUAAGAUGGUGGUAAAAUUGUAGCAAGAUGGCUAGGGUCAGAGGUGCUUUCCGAUGAGGAAGGUGAACCAUAGACUUCUCCAAACCUUUCUGGGUAAGCUUGACAUGGAUGUCAUCGAAGGCUGAAGUCUUGAAAUGGCAAAACACGUGUAAACGCCGUAGGGCACUCAAGUAGUUGUUGACUGUGCGAUGUGACUUAACGGAGAAGCCAAGCAGGGUGAUAAACGCAGCGAUGGUUGAUGAGGAGGCUGGAAAGGGAGUGAUGGAGUAAAAUUGGCAGAAUUUUAAGUAAGUGUUCCAGACGGAAUGAUAAUUUCGCUUGGUAGAAUCAGACAGAGCGAAGGCUUGAAUCCUGGUGACGCAGGAGUGAAGGUCAUCAAGGUGAAAACCUGCAACCAAAUAGAGAGGUGAUUACCAUUGACAGUCAAAAUGGAAUAGGUCUGAAUGACAAGUGUACUCUGUGAGGGUGUCAUAGUGAAGAGAAGCGGCCUCGUAGAAGGUGUCUCGAAACUCAGGAUGACUGUCCCAACGACUGAGAGCAUCAGCAAUGAUGUUGGCAUAACCGAAUAUGGAGUGCUUGCAGCUCAAAAUCGUGAAGGGAGGCGUAGAACCAUAAGUCGCGUAGGCACGACUGAAUAAAAGGCACACGGGAACGGCCAGUGUUGAUAGCCAGCUCAGUGUUGAGGUUGUCAGUGCGAACCAAGAUGCGUAGACCGCGCAAAUCCUCAGACCACAGCUUGAUGCUGACGGUGACGGCCAACAUUUCGAGACUGAAGGUCGGACUUAGUGGACCGUGGAGCGGCUAGCCAAGCACGUAUGAGAUCGGCGGUGUCUUGAAGUUUAUCGGGAGGCACUGCGAUGGUCAGUGUGACGGUGUCGUAAGUGAGGCCGAGAAAAACCAUUCUCGUGGAAGGUGGACAGUCCUUGGACGGAGACGACUGAAGGCCUAAAUCAGUGAACAGACGCUCCAGGUCAGAGAAGGCAAGUGAAGCGUCUUGAAGGUGGAUUCGCCCGCCCAAGUCAUCAAUGUAAUUGAUACAGUCAUGGCCAAAGAAAGAGUGAAAGAUGUGAGCAAUCGCGUUGGUAGUCCGCUGACAGGCAAGGGUUGCAGAACGAAGACCAAAUGGGAGGACAACGUCAAAAUAAAAGGAGUCGCACCAGUGAUAGGCAAGAAAGAUGUAGUCUCUAGGAUCCACUGGAAUCUGUCUGUAAGCGCAUUUCAAAUCUUUCUUGUAAAGGUAACACCCAGCGCCCUUGGAGAGAAUAAGGUCAACAAAAUCGGCAGAACGAGGCAGUGAAAGAUGGAAAGGCUGAUCAAGGUAAGAGUCUUUGGGAAUUCCGUCAUUAACAGAGGAGCCAAGAGGAAAACUGAGGUCCAGUACGACGCGCCUUUGGGUGCCAUCCUUUGGGACAGUUAGCAGAGGAGACGUGCGGAGGGGGGCUGGGAAAGGAUUGCACCUGAAUGGCCCAGCAGUAGCAGAAUGUUCGAUCUCGGUAGAUAAGAAGGCGUCAAUAACAUCCGGAAAAUUGGUGGCUGAAGCAUGGUUCGGGGGCUGAGAUGAAACAGAAACGACGGAGUGACAGUUAAUAGGCCAUCCAAAGGCUAGGAAAUUGGCAACAACAGAAUCAGAGUAAUGUUCGAGGUAUGAUUUCCAAACAGGAAUGUUCAGCUCGACGCAACAGGAUUUCGAAAGUGCCAAACGCUCUCGAGCGGUGACUUGGAGCAAAGAAUGUGACUAAUAACUGCGGCGCGGCGAAAGUGUUCACGAGAGAGUAAAAGUUGGCUAGAAAAUGCGGUAGAGGGAGCGGAACAAGGUUGGGCCAAGUAAGGAGGCGACGAUAAGGCUGUUGAGGCGGAGCAGGCUAAGAAAUGGCGGGCGAAAACGCGUGUUCGACGGAGAGAUGGGAGCUGGAGAAGAUAGUCAAUCGGGCUGUGGUGGGCGGCGGAGGGCGAGUCGGGCAAGAGCCAAUGGUGUAGUCUUUGAGCUUGCAAUAUGCACAAUGUGCUCGACGCCUUCCUGUGCGAAGGGUUACUGCACGUAUCGCGCGGUUCCAUUCGCCAUAAUAGGGUACGAGCUCGCCAUUGUUGUUUCGAAAGCCAGCCGCGCGGAAAGGCGGGCGGUAGCCGUUUGAUUGCAAGUUUAUUGAUUCUGUGAUGUUGAAGCGCCGAUUUCGCUGAAAUCGCCGCCCCAGCUUGCGAGGCCCGAUUCGAUGCGAUCCAACACGGCAGCAUGAAAGGACAGCACUGCUUCCCAGUCGUAUUUGGACGCCAAACGCAUUAAAGACAUGAGGUGGUGCGUCAUGAGCGCUUGCUGAGGGAAGGCUGAGCAGACAAGAUAUCGAGAUAGCCAUACACCCAAUUCUGCCGCCGAUAAAUCCUUAAACUUCUUUGACAGACCGAAGGAACGUGAAGAUGAGGCCAUUCUUGGGGGUCAACGAUGCGUGUAUUGUGGUCGAGUUGACCUUGGGACUUACGAGUUAACUCCUCCACGAACGGUCUCCAAAGAAGGAAUGUUUCGAGGCUUGUUGGCGGCCGGGCUGGAUGAAACCAAUUCCCGAGCUCUUGAUUGAGCUUCGAGCUCAAGGAGGCGAAGCUCCAGCUGUUGCUUUUCAAUCUGUAGGUUCAGCAAAUGUAAGGAGGGGGAAUUGCCAGGCGCAGAAGUAGAAGAACCCGGAGCUGUGGUCUCAACACGUGGCGUUGUGUGAACCUCAUGCGAAGGAGAUUGGUCUAGCGAUGGAGUGCCAUUCGUAGCGCUGUUUUGCGGUCUUGCGAGGGAAGGCAAAUCGUAAACGAACCCUGCAGGCAGCACAGGUACUUGAGUGCGACGUGUUCCGGCGGCUUGAGACAUAAUAAGAGGCUAAAAGACUGAAGAAACUGAAGCGAAAUGCUAAAAUUGAUGUUACAGCGAACGAGCGAACGAGCGAACUGACAAGGACAUCAAAUGACAACUAGCGCCGUGAAGAAAGCAGCUGACGAGCCGCGAGGGCCUGGGUCUAAUUAAGUUAUUCUUAAGAAUAUAAACCUGAAAAGUAGCAGUUCAAAAUUAUGACUGGUUUAUUAACCCAAGACCUGUCUAUGCUCUCGCCUCUUUUUAAACAAUAUUUUUGGUUCCUCUGUGCGUAUCUCCCUUUUCAAUUCACCCAGAAAGGAUAAACAGAUACAAGACCAGUGCUGACCUAGCAUCAGUACCUAAUGGUAUGAUAAUCCAAACUAAAACAAGGUCGUAAUCUCAUCUAGUAUGUUCUAACCAGUCUGUACUUUAUGACCUUGAUACAUGUGGUAAAAUGUAGUUUUGUCUGGGUUUCAUGUAGAACCUGUAGUUCUGUCCUUGGGAAAAUAGAGCUGUACCAAGUCAUCUUUCACCAGACUGCCGUCAGGGGCGUUGCCAGCUUUUCGACUUCUCGUAGCCCUGCUUAUAAUUCUGUUGAUUGCACUCAUGAAUAGAAUGCACUGACCUCACCAUCAUUUUAAGCUCUUGAGCUCUUUAGUUCACCCCAAAAUGCAUAAUUUACUACAUGUGGUAGAGCGAUUAAUCGCUCAUGCCUACCAGUCUACUGACUGGCUAUGUUAUAAUUACAGGUCAAAAUUAAAUUCAGGUUAAAACUUUUUAACCUAGGUUGAUUCUCAACCCUAAUUAUUCAUCAGUUAGGGCUUGGAGACAAAGGAAAUUGAGAAACAAUCUACAGCUGUAGAUUAAAGAUAUUUAACCUGAAUUUAAUUUUGACUUGUAACAGCUAUGCUACUGACUAUCUACUGUAUGAGCCAAAUUCUAUUACCAUAAAUGGAGAAAAUAUACUGGAAGUGACCAGAGUUUUAACCUAGUACAGGUAAUCUCUAGCUACAUGUAAACAGUGGAGAGAUGACUACAUGAAAAGCCACACAACAUUCACAUGCGGGAAGGAUGCAUGUCACUAAAGUUAAUUUCAAGCUUUACCAUGCAUUUUUUUUUUGCGUGUGUCAUACAGGCUAUGCUGCAGCUCAAUACAGACAGUACCAGCGGCUGACCAAACAGAUGAAACCUUCUGUUGAUGAAUACUCAAGAGAAAAAGACCAAAAGUAAGUGUAGCAUCUCAGAUUGUGAACGGCUUAUGUUGGUGCUGAGAAACUGAGUGCAUGCAAGAUUUGUGUUAGUUUGGGGAGUGAAGAAAAAGAUUUGUCCAUGCUUUGAAUGACUGAAAAGUACAAAAAUUGGGAAAUUGAACGUAGUGUACUUAGUCGAUGUUGACAACAAGAAAAACAUGAUUUUUGUUUUGACAUGAGAAAAACUGAAUAAACACAUCUAAAUUCAUUUGGUUAUGUUAAAUGCAUUACACAUUUGCAGAUUUUGUUUGGCUUGUCAUGAAAUCAUCCCUAUUGCUUAACUAGGUGUUAUUAGGUAAAUUUAAGACACAGGUGUACUUGUAUUACCAUGUCCAGUGCCAAAAAUGAAAUAAACUCUUUGCUUUAAGUUUAUAAUUGCUGUGUGAAUUUUGGGUACCUUAAAGUCAUUUUAGAAUACCAUUAAAGAUAAGUCAUGAUAAAUUGAAUUUGCAAAUUUGUUAACAAUCAUCUUGUUACAAUUUCAUGGAGAAUUGCUUUUGGCACUGGACUUCUGAUUUUAUUUUAGACUGGACAUGAAUGAACACAUGUUAUUUUUGUAGAGGAGAGGCAAUGUACCCAAGUGUAGAUGAUGUGACUUAUGGAGGACAGGGUAAAGUGCCUGAAGCUGCUGUGGACAGAAUGGUUGCAGACUUGGAAAAGCAGUAAGUAAAUUGAACCUCUCCUUUAUCCAUUGGUUUCUUGUUUCCAAAGUACAUUCAGUGCCGUAGCCAGACAAAACGGCCAACCGAGGCAGGCGGGAGUUGCUGGGGGGUUCGGGGGCAAAUUUUGAACUUUAGUCUCUCGGAAAUGCGAUUUGCAGCAUUUUCUGGGCCUUUCGGUAACUUUUUUUCGAGUUAAUUUAAGUGGAAUUUAAAAAGCAAUAAUCAGAAACAAGCUACAUAAUCUGGGUGACCGUUAACCUCGCCAAUGGUUUUGAUCAGUAUUUGUUCUCAAAAAAUUUGAAUUAACGUACGUAGCCCCUUGAGAUCGAUGAUAUGGUAAUUUUUUCAUAGUAUAUUGACUGAAUUGCUGAAUUCUUUGUAAUAUCAUGAUGCGUUAAAAAUAUCCGAUGAUCGCUUAUGUAAAAUAAAAAUGAUUGGCGAAAUUCGUCAAAAUUUUACCGAGGCGAGUGCCUCGGUUGGCCUCAUACUAGCUACGGCGCUGAGAUUAUUAGGCAAGGAAUAGAAAAGAGGGGGCACAGGAGCUAAACAGACUGUACAUUUUACCAUAUUAAUGUAAUGCUGUUAUUAGAAAUUUAAAAAAAUCAUCGUGGUGAAUUAUUUGACCAACAAUGACACAACCUUAUGAAUUUGCCAGCUUAAUCAUACAUGUACUUGUUAUCAUAACCAUUAACAAACAGAGUACUAAAGUGAGGAUGUCAUAAAGAUGAAAUCUCUGAAAUUGUGGGAUUUGUAAGGAUAUUCUGAAAGAACAACGUCCAAGAGGCCUACUUGCCAAAAGUGAGCAUUUUGGGGCAAACUAAUUAUUGUCUCUGAGAUCGUAGCCCAGUUAUACUCAGAAAUCUCCAUACAAACCCUUCUAAUUUUUUUUUGGGUCGACCCAAAAAAAUUUAGAAGGGUUUGUAUGAAGUUUUCUAAGCAUAACUGGGCUAUGAUCUCAGAGACAAUUUGCCCCGAAAUGCUCAUUUCUGGCAAGUAGGCCUCUUGGACAUUGUUGUUUCAUAUUAUGCUGACAAAUCACGUCACACUUUUGUACUCCAUUACAUGUAGGUUAUGUGCAUCACAAUUGUUAUACAAGUCAAGAGCUAGAUUCUUUCCCACAAAACCCUGUCACCUGUUGAUUCAAUUAAUUUGAAACAUUGGAUUGCAGACAGGGAUUAAAGGCUAGAAAGCAUCAAGUACAGUAUAUGUUUUGCUUUACCAGGAUCUAUGCCUGGUUAUAUUAUACUGGAACAGCAGAAGGGCAGAUCGGAGACCUUUCCCUGCUUUUCUUUCAAGACACGAGUAAAAAAUGCCAAGUCUGUGCAUUUAAUGGUUCUUGAAAUCUGAAAGAAACAUGGGGACCAAGUGAGGUUGGCUAUGUUGUGAAUCAAUUGACCUGCUCCCAGCGUCAGUGGCUUCAUAGCUCAGUUGGUAGAGCAUCACACCGGUAUCGCAAGGUCACGGGGUUCAAACCCCGUUGAAGCCCUGAAUUUUUUUCCAGGCUACUUUACGCAAUUGCAUAAAUUGCGUUCACUGUGACAAUCAUUUCUUCAUUAAAUUUUCAUUUCAUUUCCGCAGUUCAUAUAUGAUUUAUUUCAUAUAUCAUUUGCACAACUGUACUUACAGACUUUCAAGAAAGCCAACCUUUGAGAAAGCAAAGUAGUUUAUGAUCUCCAGGUUUAUCGAAAGUUACUUAUUUUAGCUUUCUCUUCUUUAGAAUUCAAAAGAGAGAGAAGUACAGCCGUAGACGAGCUCACUUGGAUGAAGAAGACAUCGAUUAUAUUAAUGAGCGUAACAUGAAGUUCAACCAGAAACUGGCCAGGUUUUAUGAUCCAUUUACUGCUGAAAUCAAGCAGAACUUGGAAAGAGGGACUGCUAUAUAGACCAUAUCAGAGAUGGAAUUUUCUAGUCCUGUGCAUAUUACUACUCUGUACAACAACAGCUAUAGUUCUUGCUGUUAAAUACAUUAACACUACUAAUUGUUCUAGAUUACAAUCCAUGGAGAUACUUUCAAGCUAUUGAGUGCAGUGUGAUUAAAAUACAUCGACUCCAAGAUUAAACAGUGAUGUGAUGGACAGGCAUGAUAUUAAUAAGCAGGGCUGUCACUAAGAGCCAGGGGCUGGGGAUUUUCCCCGGCUACUUUCAUAGGAAGCAGAAGGUAAAAAGAACCAAAAGUACUUCCUUGCUUUAUGAUUCCUCUCCUACUAAUCGCAUAUACCCGACAACUUGAAAUGUUAGCGACAGCCCUGCAUGAGACACUAUUAAUUUAACCACUACUUUAUUACUACUGGGAAAAUACCCAUGCACUCAUUAAGGCAGCACCUAAAAGAAGAACCAAUUCAUGAAAAAAUAAUAUUGAUUCAGAAAGGAAAUGAGCUCAGCUUUUUAAUUUUGAUAGGACUCUCAGGAGUGUGAUAAUAUCAAUGACCUUUUUAAUGUUUUAAUACAUAAAUCACUCACAACUGAGAUUGCACUUAUACGUAGCAAAAUGGUAACUGGUUCAACUAGCUUGUACUAUUUGUUUAUGGUUGCAUGCAGGAGGUUGCUUAGCACAAAAAAGUGUAAGAAUCCGGUGAAGCAACAGCAGAAUGCAGGGGCAGAUCCAGGAUUUUUUUUUAGGAGGGGGUGCACUUGUCUCUUGCUCUACUUCAACACCAAUAAACCACAUAGUUUUUUUUUUGUUUUUUGCAGAAUACCAGUUGUAUUAGAAAACCGCGGGUCAUCUCACGGGGGGGUGCACACCCCCUGCACCCUCCCCCUAGAUCCGCCCCUGGAAUGUGACUCCAGCUUCUUUUGGACAGAUUGCUAGUGCCUCCCUUUAUUUCAUUCUGUACCUUUUUAAAUUCCCACAUUGUAUGGUCAAACCCCACCCACUUAAUACAGACACCUCACUAUUACGGACAGUUUGCUUUGUCCCUGGGGAAAGAAAGCCCUUACAUUUUCUCUAAAUUUAACCUGCCUUAUGCGCACCCCAUUGAU